GCAGCAGUGUCUAGUAACUCCAUCUGGACUUCUGCCGUCUCAACUCUGAGGUCUGAACUCGGCUGCUCGUGCCAGUGCCAGUGCCAGCAGCAGAGAGAAGCCAUGCUGGUGAGGAGCUCCUCCACGCCGAUCCUCGGCGCGCUGCACGCCUCCUCUGGCGGCGGCCACUCACCGGCCGUCCACUUCGCCGAGUCCUCCCCGACGGUCGCCUACCACCCGCCGGCCAUCUCCUGCAGCCUCUCCAGCGCCGGCGGCUCGGAUCACGAGCGCUCUCGUGGCACCGGCGGCCUACGCCGCGCCUGCUCCGACGGCAACCUCUCAUCCCUGGGCGGCCGCGCCGACGACCACCACCGAUCCAGGCCGGCCCCGCUCGAGACGAUCCAGUCCUUCGCGGCCCGCGACGGGUCGUGGGACGAGGAGGACGAAAACGACAACGACGACGACACGGAGCAAGAGAUGAGCUUCGGGAUGUUCGGCGCCGUCGCGGGCACCGGCAGCACUUUCACGCAGGAGCACCCGCUGUUCCUGGCCAGGGGCCUGGGGAUCGACCGGCUCGGCUCGGGCCUCCUCCUCACCGACGACGGCGGCAGCAACGACGGUAACGGCGGCGGCACCCACCCGGUGCCGUCCGGCGGCGGGGGGGACCCCUCCGGGAUCGAGGCGCACUACAAGCAGCUCAUCGAGGAGGACCCCUGCAACGGCCUCUUCCUCAGAAACUACGCGCGGUUCCUCUAUCAGGUGAAAGGAGAUCGCCGGAGGGCGGAGGAGUACUACUCCCGCGCCAUCCUCGCCGACCCCGGCGACGGCGAGCUGCUCUCCGAGUACGCCAAGCUCGUCUGGGAGGUGCACGGGGACGAGGACCGCGCCUCCGCCUACUUCGACCGGGCCGCCAGGGCCGACCCGCGCAACAGCCACGUCCUCGCCGCGCAGGCCGCCUUCCUGUGGGACACCGACGACGGCACUGGCCCUGAAGAGACGACCAUGAGCUACACCGGCUUCGCCGCUCACCAAUCUAUGGCUUCGGCGACGACCUGAUCACCUGAACCUUGCUGCUGCUGCUGCUGUCACACUGAACCUGACGUUGGUAGGCGGAGCUCGUCUUCUUCUUAUUUCAGUACUCCUAGACCCCCAAUAAUUGUAGCAA